CAAAAUUCUCUCUUUUAUCCCUUCCUAUUGAAUUGGGUGUCGGUAAUUUUUCGUUUUCGUUUGAAUUUUGAUUUCAAAGAUUGAUGCUUUGAUCUGAAACGGUUAAGGGUAGAAUGAAAGUAUCUGAAUCUUGAACUCCGAUUGAAUAUAUGGUUUGUUAGAUGCUAAAACCCAACACCCAUUUGAUUUUCAAUGCAAUGAAAUCUUCUGUUCAUAAAAGUUGAGAUUUUUAUUUUGGGUUUGAUGUUAUUUGUUUUGUUUUUAAUCUCUCUUUAAGAGUUUUGUGUAUUUGGUGAUCACAUACCCAAUAUGGGUUUACAUUGUUUAAGAAAGAGCUGGGAUUUAUUCAGGUUUUGAUUAGGAGAAUUAAGAUUUGAACGAAGUGGUGUUGUGCUCUGUAUUAGAAUAGUGAGUUGUAGUUUUGGAUUGUGGCAGUUAAUGUGGAUAGGAAUUAUCUGUUAUUUCUGUCGAAUUUGGGUACUUGAAUAGAUCAGAAUUUGAGUAUGGAAUGUAAGAUUUUGUAUUGAUUAGUCUGAUAAUAGUAAUGCAAUGUGAACUGAGAAUGUUAUGGAUUUUUUUCUUUCCCUUCUUUCGGGAAUGCAUGUUGAUGUGGAUAAGAUGUUUCAUUUGAUUCUGUAAAAUUGGCUAUUUGAGUGGUUUUCCCAUGACCAUAGAAUUAAGUCUGGGGAGUGACUCUUUGGUUUGGAUUAGCCUUGCAAUGGGAAACCAGAAUCUUCUGUAUCUAGAUAACAUGAAGAGGACAAGGAUGUCGGGCAAAUCACAAGAUGAAACCGAUGCUGUUGAUGUGACUACACAAGUACCUGGAAGAAAGAAAAAUAAGAAGGAAGAUAAGACUAUUGACCAGAAUGUUGAGCACCAAACGAAACGAAGGGCUGAAAAUUCUGAGAGCUUGGACAAAUUCAUUACACAAGAAGCUGGAUCUCGGAGAAAGCGAAAGAGAGAAAAACCUGUUACCACUGGCAAGAGGGGGAAGGUUGGGAAGAAGCAAUCUGGUGGAGUUGUAAAUGACAUUAAAAAAAGUGUUGAGUCCACUGAUCGUAUCUCACAAUUGCCUGAACUUGUCAUUCAUUACAUCCUUUCUCUCAUUCGUUGUACAAAAGGUGCUGCUCGGACGAGUGUGUUGUCUAAGAGGUGGAGGGAUAUAUGGGCUUCUUUCUCUGCUUUGACAUACGAUCAACGCAAGUUUCAGUUUCAAGUGGGUGUCCAAGAUAAGAGCAAGAAGGAGAUGUUUAAGGACUUCAUUGAUCAUUCUCUUCAGAACCACCUUGAGCGAGAUUCAAAUAUACGUAAAUUUGAGGUACAUUUGACCUCCUUUGAUCAAGAAAUGGCGAGAGGUAUGGAACAGUGGGUUGGACUUGCAACUGAAAAUAACAUAAGAGAGUUAGGUCUCCAUAUUCAUACAAGAGGAAACAAUGUUUACAAAUUUCCCGACAAAACAUUUGAUUCAGAUACGUUAACUGGAUUAAGGCUGCAGGGCUGUAAACUGGAAAGUAGUUGUGCUAUUAAGCUUCCGAAACUGCAGAAGCUAUAUUUGCGAAACUGUAAUGUUGACGAACUGGGAAUUCAGAAUUUUAUCUCCAGUUGUCCUUUAAUUGAGGAUUUGAGACUCAUCUGUUGCACGGGGUUGAAGCUUCUGCAGAUUUCAAGUCUUCUUAAGCUUGAUAGGGUUGAAGUACACCACUGCCGUUCACUUAAGAAGAUUGAAGUUAAAGCUGCAAGUCUCCAGACACUUUGGUAUUGUGGGAAGAAUCGGACUACUUGCAAAUUUAUCCUCACUGGUUGUGACUCUUUGAAAAGAUUGACACUAGAGGACAAAAAAAUGACAGACAAUCAGUUUCGCGAACUAUUUUUUGGUUUUCCUCAGCUUGAGAAGCUGCAUCUGAGUAAUUGCCUUAAACUGAAAAAUGUUAGAAUUGCAAGUCAUCAGUUAAGCAGAUUAGUCUUGAGGGGUUGCAACAAUCUACAUAGUGCGGAGAUUGAUACUCCAAAUCUUUUUUCAUUUGAGUAUCAAGGUGAUAAAAUGCCCUUUUCUUUUCUGAAUCCUGUGUGUGUGAAGAAGGCCAAGCUUUCUUUCGGGCCAGCUUCUUCUGGUCAGCUCAAAUUCGAUUUCCAUAAAGAAGAGCCCUCUUGGUUUACACAGUUGCGAGAUUUUCUUGGCAAGUUUGAUUCUGGAGACAUCAAGCUGGUUGUCCGCACUAGUAAGAAUGUUAUCAUCUAUGAAGAUCUCAGAGAAAUUUCACUUCCUCCAGUGCGUGGUCUUAAACUUGAAAUAAUCCAGUCUUCCGUUGGUAUUGACGAACUAUUAGAUAGUUCAUUGCAGAAAUGGCACCCAGAGACAUUAUCUAUAGUAUCGUCGUCUAGCAGUGAAUUUCCCAAGUUGGUACUCGAGAAGAUCAUGGAGAGUACGAAGGACCCAGCCUGCUGCACAUCUAAGCAUUCAAAUAAUAAAUGUUGGCGGCACUCCCUGAAGUUUGACAAGAAAGUAAACUUGAAGCGGGCCAAAGGCAAGUCGGGCUGGAUUGCUUGGUUGAAGUUGAAGGCUUGUCCAAGUGUCUUGUGUGGGAGGGAUAUCACUUGUUUUAGUUUAGUAAAUAGAAAAAUCUGAUAAAGAGGGUGCUUUCAAGUAGUCUUGAUUGUCCCUUUGAAUUACGUUGUUCUCCGGAUGUUUUUAUUUUUAUUCCUGCAAUGGAUUCUUUAGGAUUUGUAAUUUCGUUUUCUUUAAAAUUCUUUGAAUCCUAUUCCUGGUAAAAUCAUUUCUGAGAUCAUGUUUGGUUACGUGCUUUUCAUUGAUCUUCUGCACUAUAUUGAAUAAUACAAUGAGUCUGGGAUUAUCCCUGUGAAUCUCAGUUGA